CCGUGGCGACGCGGCGCUGACGCGCUGUGCCCGCGACCCUCCCCGGAACGGGCGGGCGGCGCGCGCUGAGCGCGUCACCGGGGGCGGUGGCGGCGGCUGGACGGGCCCGGGGCGCUGCCAUGGAGAGCGCGAACCAGGAUAUCAACCUUAACUCUCCCAACAAAGGUCUGCUGGCCGAUGCCAUGACAGAUGUGCCCGUGGAUAACGCGGCCCGGGGCGCUGCGCCCGAGGGAUUGACCCUGGCCGAGGAGGAGGAGCUGCGAGCCGAGCUCGCCAAGGUUGAAGAAGAAAUUGGUACUCUCAGACAAGUUCUGGCUGCCAAAGAGAGACACUGUGGAGAGCUGAAGAGGAAGCUGGGUCUGACUCCCUUGGAUGGGCUAAAGCAAAACCUGUCCAAAAGCUGGCACGAUGUCCAAGUCUCCAACGCUUAUGUGAAAACAUCUGAGAAACUUGGAGAGUGGAAUGACAAAGUGACACAGUCUGACUUAUAUCUUUCAGCCAGCAGCACACUGGAGGACUGGAAUGAAAAAUUAACUCAAUCAGAAGCUUACAAGAAGACCCAGGAAACCCUUUCCCAGGCUGGACAGAAGACUUCAGCAGCCCUUUCCAAUGUAGGUUCUGUUAUCAGCAGGAAGCUUGGUGACAUGAGGAAUUCUGCAACCUUCAAGUCCUUUGAAGAUAGAGUUGGGACCAUAAAGACUAGUAUUCGGGCAAAUGGCCUCUCAGAUAUGUGAAGUCUUGGCUACAUCCCGAGUGGUGGGCAGCAGGGAAAACAGCACUGACGGCCUGCACUCCCCCUCUGGAGCUGGGGACAAGCCUCCACAAGACAACGCUCCCUUCUAGAUCUGGAUGUGGCUUUGCACAGCUGUGCACAACUGGAAGAGCCCCCUCCCUCCCAAACCUUCACCACAGCAACAACAUGCAAAUCCAAGAAGGGGCUGAGAGCCAGUCUGGAGAGAUCCAUCCUUCAUUCAUAGACACUGCUGCUGGAUCCAAGUCAAAUAAAGAGAAUGCAAAGUUUUGUACACAAAUAAUAUUUUACACUAAAGUUUGUAGAUUAAAUGUAUCACUGCUGUCCUUUUGGGAGAGCGUGUAAGCUGGAGUUUCCUUGAAGUAGCUCAGAAAUGCCACUGCUGUGGAUGGAAACAGUUUUCCCUUGUCUGACAUAGCUUGGAGCAGAUACAUGGCCCUGAGCAGCAUGAGGAGGGCAGUAACUGGAGAAGCCAAGUGCAUGGGCACCUUAGCUUCAGCUUCUGGCUCUGUUCUCUGUGUGGGCUACUCUGGGAGCUCCCAGGCUUCUCCUGUUACUGUUUUCUCUGGCUCUCAUUGGAGCUGUUGGGUAAAUGGGGUAAACAGUUGGGGUUUUUUCUGGGCUCCUAAAAGGUAAACUUCACUUAGCAGCUGCCUCGUUGUUACACUAAUGCUCUAGCUUUAACAAAACUAAAAAUCUUUAUUUUUAAAUGCAAUGAACUUUAAAGAAAUAAAGCUUAAAAACAAGCAAAAAAAAAAAAAA